GACGCUCCACGGUGGUCAGGUGACCCGCAGCAGUAAAGCCGAUCUCUGGCUUCUUCCUCGAUGUCGGAGGGUGCUGUGUCUGGAAGAAAUGGGCUCUGGCAAUGCUCGAGUUUGAUCACUCAGAGAUCCGACCAGCUGAGUCUGUGAAUGGCGCCAAAACAGGACCCUAAACCGAAAUUUCAAGAAGGUGAAAGGGUCCUGUGCUUUCAUGGGCCCCUGCUCUACGAGGCCAAGUGUGUCAGAAUCAGCAUAAAGGACAAACAGAUAAAAUACUUCAUUCACUACAGCGGCUGGAACAAAAACUGGGAUGAAUGGGUUCCUGAAAGCAGAGUUCUCAAAUAUGUGGACAGCAACCUUGCAAAACAAAGAGAGCUUCAAAAGGCCAAUCAGGAUCAUUAUGUUGAGGGAAAGAUGAGGGGUUUGGCGCCAAGCAAGAAGAUUGCUGCUGUGCAGCAAAAAAAUGUUGAUCUGAAGAUUAAAAAGGCAAAACAGAAAAUCCCCGGGUCGGGUGAAGGAACCAGCAGUGGAGAAACGCCCCAGGCACCACGGAAGAAACGAGCUCGGGUUGACCCGACUGUCGAGAGUGAGGAAAUGUUUGCGAACCGUGUGGAGGUGAAAGUGAAGAUUCCUGAGGAGCUGAAACCGUGGCUGGUGGACGACUGGGACCUAAUCACACGACAGAAACAGUUAUUUCAUUUGCCUGCCAAGAAGAAUGUGGAGGCGAUCUUGGAGGACUAUGCAAACCACAAGAAAUCAAAAGGAAACUCUGACAACAAGGAGUACGCGGUCAACGAGGUGGUGGCCGGGAUUCGGGAGUACUUCAACGUCAUGCUGGGCACUCAGCUGCUUUACAAGUUCGAGAGGCCACAGUACGCCGACAUCCUGUCUGAACGCCCCGACGUCCCCAUGUCUCAGGUGUACGGCGCCCCACACCUGUUGCGUCUGUUUGUUCGUAUCGGAGCCAUGCUGGCGUACACUUUACUGGACGAGAAGAGUCUGGCUCUGCUGCUCAGUUACCUCCAAGAUUUCCUCAAGUACCUGGUGAAAAACUCGGCCAGCCUCUUCAGUGCCAACGACUACGAGGUCGCCCCCCCUGAGUACCACCGCAAAGCUGUGUGAGAGCUCUCAGCAGCGCAGACACAUCACCACCCUGUCAGGCCACAAGUAAAAAUAACCAUUAGUUCAGUUUGGAGCGACGAUUCGGCCGAGCUUUCUCACUUCAUCUGACACGUUUCAUGUAAAAAGAUCUUAGGAGCUUGUGACAGUCUGCAGGAAAGAAGAAAAAAAAAAAACUCAUUUUGAUAUCACUUUGUUUAAAAGGUUACAAAAUAAACUGUUUCAUUGUCAUUUCAUCAACCAGCUUUAUGGCAUUUUUGUGCUUUCCAGCUAAGGUGCUUGUUACUAUUGCAUGCCUAUAAUUAUUUCUGCUUCUUUGGCCAGAUGAGGUGCAACUCAUUAUUAAACUACGAGGUUUGCAGCCAACCAUUAAAAUGUUUGUAUGUUGUGCAUUUAUAUCAAAUUGUAAAAAAAAAAAAAAAAAAAAAAAAAAAGUUGUCCAAUAUCCAUAUUGUUCACCAUGUCUUUUAAUGGUUACAUCUUUAAGUGAUUUAAUGUUGUACUUGUUUUUUUUAAAGGUGUAUUUAGUUAAAUGUCGCCCACUGCUAAAACACAACAGACUCACAGAAACUUCUUUCUGCUGUGGUACAUAUCAAACCUCCCAGGAUUGUUUUGUAAAAAAAAAAAAAAAAAAAAAAAA